GGCGGGGUCGGAGACGCGGAAGGGUCUGCGGCGCGGCGCGAGGACCGGACCGGGGGCGGGGCCCUGGGCGGCGGUGGCAGCGGCAGCGAUGCUGGAGACCCUUCGCGAGCGGCUGCUGAGCGUGCAGCAGGAUUUCGCCUCCGGGCUGAAGACUUUAAGUGACAAGUCAAAAGAAGCUAAAGCAAAAAACAAACCAAGGACAGUUCCACAUUUGCUAAAGUACUCUGCUGGGCUGGAAUUACUUAGCAGGUAUGAAGAUACAUGGGCUGCACUUCACAGAAGAGCCAAGGAAUGUGCAAGUGCUGGAGAGCUGGUGGACAGCGAGGUGGUUAUGCUGUCAGUGCACUGGGAGAAAAGGAAGACAAGCCUCAGAGAGUUGCAGGAGCAGCUUCAGCAGCUCCCAGGUUUAGUAGCAGAUUUGGAAUCUGUGACAGCAAAUCUGACUCAGUUAAAGGCUAGCUUUGAAGAGGUCGAAACCCACCUGCUGAAUCUGGAGGAUUUAUGUGGACAGUGUGAAUUAGAAAGGUGCAAACAUACGCAGUCCCAACAACUGGAAAAUUACAAGAAAAACAAGCGGAAAGAACUUGAGACCUUCAAAGCUGGACUCGAGGCAGAGCACACGCAGAAGGUCCUGGAGAUGGAGCACACCCAGCAGCUGAAGCUGAAGGAGCGGCAGAAGUACUUCGAGGAAGCCUUCCAGCAGGACAUGGAGCAGUACCUGUCCACGGGCUAUCUGCAGACGGCAGAGAGGCGAGAGCCCAUGGGCAGCAUGUCGUCCAUGGAAGUGAAUAUUGACAUGUUGGAGCAGAUGGACCUGGUGGACAUAUCUGACCAGGAGGCCCUGGAUGUCUUCUUGAACUCAGGCGGAGAAGAUAACGCUGCGCUGUCUCCCGUCCUAGGGCCUGAAUCAAGUAUUGGUCAGAAUGAAAUUAUUCUUCAGGUUCCAAACUCCUCCGAGUUACGAGGCAAGCUGCCUUCCUCAUCCUCCAUCUGCAGUGACCUGGCUGCCCAGGAGCCCAGCGGAGGCGGGGCGUCCCCGCUGGUUCAGUCUGACGAGGACGGAGUUGAAGUGGACACAGCCCUCGCCACUCAACACACUGACGACAGCGACUCCUGAACACGGCCACUCACUGCCUGCCUGAGAGGAUGGCGCGGCUGCACGCAGAACCCCACAGAGGCAGGUGGCUUUACGAAGGCUCUUGAUUUUUACACAAUUGCCAAUGUGUGACAAACUGUAAGAAUAAUUAAUAAAGUGUGAGGACUUUCAACCGAGAGCAUACAUAA